CAGCCUCGGUACCUCGCGUGCCAGGGAGGAGGCGGGAGGAGGGCCUCCGAUGGGAGGCUCCCAAGUUUCUCCUGACUGGCGUUCCCAGGGGCCUUGGCCCAGGGAGGAUGGUGCACACAUGGGUGGCUGCUUCUGUAUCCCUGGGGAGCGGAGUCUGCCCUGGGGCCCAGAUAAAGAAGGUCCUUCCAAGGAUUCACCCGGAUCAAGUGAGGACGCAGCCUCACUUGAAAAUAAGGGAAAAUGUUUCCUGCCACAGAACAUGACUCAAGACCUGGUGCUCUCCUUCUGUGUGAAGAGCCGCUCCAGGAGCUGUGUCAAUGCACCCUUACAGGAGGCUGCACGGAGGCGGCUCUGGGCCCUGGAGAAUGAAGACCAUGAAGUCUGUGCACUGUUUAAGGAUCUCUCUGCAAGGCUGGUGAGCGUCCAGUCCCAGAAGGACCAGUUCCUCAUCACCUUCAAGACCGUGGAAGAAAUCUGGAAGUUUUCCACCUAUCUGAACUUAGGCUAUGUGUCCACAUGUCUGGAACAGCUCUUCUUUGACCACAAGUACUGGCUCAACUGCAGGCUGGUGGAUGACACAGAGAUCCAAGUGUCUGUAGAUGACAGUCACUUGGAGAACAUAUACCUGGGCCUCUUGCUGCAGGAAGGCCACUUCUUCUGCAGAGCCACCUGCUCCGUGGCUCAGCCAGAUGAGAAGGAGGGGGAAUAUUUGACGCUGUACAAGAAUGAGCUAAUCUCCGUGCUCCCUGAAGGCGAAUCUGAGUGGGAAAGCGUGUCUUUAGUGACGGGUCAGAGGGGCCUGGUGCCUGUGUCAGCCCUGGAGCCCCUGUCUGUCCCUUUCCAUCAAUGGUUCCUAAAGAAUUACCCAGGAAUCUGUGAUCUUCCCAGGAAGAGAGACUGGACAGGCUCCUGUCAUAUUGGCAGAGGACGGUGCAAGGCCCUGAUGGAUUACAAAAAAGAGGAAAAGGAUGAACUGAGCUUCCUCCAGGGAGAAAGCAUUGAGAUUCUUGGCUUUGUUAUCCCUGGGCUGCAGUGGUUCAUUGGGAAGUCAGUGACCUCAGGAGAAGUGGGCUUUGUCCCCACCAGGAGCAUAGAUCCAGAUUCCUGCUCCCCAGUGCCUGUCCUUCAUCUCUACCUAGGUGAGUUCGAAUCCACCCAGAAUCUCCAGAAUGAUCUGAGCGUGUAUCAGCCUGAGGGCCUCAAGGAGGCCAGGUCUGGUGGGACCUGGGAGGAGCGGCAGACCUCAGACUCCAGACGCUCCAGCAGUUCCCUGGACUCCAGCCUUGAGGAAGAGCUCCUCUCAGCCUCCUCUGACAGCUAUCACCUUCCAGAGCCUGACGACCUUGAUGACCCGGAACUGUUCAUGGACCUGAGCACAAGCUUGGAAGAGGAUGAAGCAGAGCACUUUGCCCCCAUCUUGGCUUUUCUGGAUCACGAGGGCUACAGCGACCACUUUAAGAGCCUCUAUGAUUUCUCCUUCUCUUUCCUUACUUCCUCCUUUUACAGCUUCUCUGAGGAGGAUGAGCUAGUGGCCUACCUAGAGACCUCACGAAAGUGGGCCAAGAUGACCCACAUGACAUGGGCCCAUGCCCGGCUCUGCUUCCUCCUGGGCCGACUAAGCAUCAGGAAGAUCAAACUUUCCCAGGCCAGGGUAUACUUUGAGGAGGCCAUCCGGGUCCUUAACGGGGCAUUUGAGGACCUCUCCCUAGUGUCUGCUCUGUACAUCAAUUUGGCAGCCAUCUAUCUGAGGCAGAGGCUAAGGCAUAAAGGCCCAGCCUUGCUUGAAAAGGCAGGUGCCCUGAUAGCCUGCCUGCCUGACCGCGAGUUCAGUGCCAAGAACGAGCUUGAUGUGGUGGCCUAUGUGCUGCGCCAAGGGAUUGUGGUGGGGAGUGGCCCUCUGGAGGCCAGGUCCUGCUUCCUGGCCAUCCGAUUGCUCCUGAACCUUGGCCGGCAUGAAGAAGUCCUGCCAUUUGCUGAGCGCCUGCAGCUGCUUUCUGGACACCCUCCUGCCUCGGAGGCUACAGUCACCAUGUUGAGUUUUCUGUAUGACAAGAAAUACCUUCCACAUCUUGCAGUGGCCUCUGUUCAGAAACGUGGUCCCCAGAGUGCCAGGGGGAUGUCUGUUUCCAUUUGGCAGGCCUACUUCGUUCUCCAGAAUGCUACUAAGAUCCUUGGUGUUCCUUCCUCAAGCUGGGGUGAAGUUUCUGCGCUGGCCUGCCCAUCCCUCAGGCAGGCCCUGGCUGCCUGUGAAGAGCAGACUGACCUGAGCACCCAGAGGACCUUAUGUCUCAUCCUGUCCAAAAUGUACCUCCAGUAUAGGUCUCCUGAUGGAUCCAUCUACUAUCUGAGCCAGGCCCAGGCGUUAGGGAAGCUACUAGGUGAGCAAGAAGCCUUUGAAUCGUCUCUCUGUCUAGCCUGGGCUUACCUCUUAGCCAGGCAGACCAAGAAAGCUCUGGAGAUCCUUGAACCACUACUGUGUUGCUUGAGGGAGACAGAAUGCAUGACGCAAAGGGGCGUGGUCCAUAACCUCCUAGGACUUGCAUUUCAAGAAGAAGGCCGGACAAACAGGGCAGCCAAGAGCUACCUCCGAGCUUUGAUCAGGGCUCGGGAGAUGGGGAAUGUGCGUAACCAGGCCGUGUCUAUGGCCAAUCUCGGCCACUUGACCCUGAAGUCGUGCAUGCAGCAGUCAGCCAGGGGUUAUCUUCUGCAAGCCGUCCGACUGUUUUCUGAACUCCAGGCCAGCAAGGAGACAGAUAUGGAAUUGAUACAAGUGUUACUCUGGUUGGGCCAAGCUCUGGUGUCUGGACAGCAGCUGGUCCACAGCCGCCUUUGUUACGAAAUGGCAUUGAUGUUUGGCUUAAGGCAUCGGCACUUAAACAGUCAGCUUCAGGUCACCAAAUCCCUCUGCCAUUUCUACAGCUCCGUGUCCCCAAACCCUGAUGCGUGCAUUACAUAUCACGAACACUGGCUGGCCCUGGCUCAGCAACUCAGGGACCGGGAGAUGGAGGGGCGGUUACUGGAGUCUCUCGGGCAGCUUUAUCGGAACCUAAAUACAUCCAGGUCCCUCAGGAGGUCCCUCACCUGCAUCAAGGAGAGUCUGCGGAUAUUCGUUGACCUAGGGGAGAGAGACAAGGCGGCUGAGGCCUGGCUGGGGGCUGGGCGUCUGCACUACCUCAUGCAGGAGGAUGAAGUGGUGGAGUUGUACUUGCAGGCAGCCAUCCAGACAGCCUUGAGGUCCGAGGAGCCCUCCCUUGCUCUAAAGCUUUACGAAGAAGCAGGUGAUGUGUUUUUCAAUGGGACCCGCCAUAGGCAUCGUGCUGUGGAGUACUACCGGGCUGGGGCUGUUCCUUUAGCGAGGAGAAUGAAGGCGGUGAGAACCGAGCUACGGAUCUUCAACAAACUGACCGAGCUACAGAUCAGCCUCGAGGGCUAUGAGAAAGCCUUGGAAUUUGCCACCCUGGCUGCCCGGCUGAGUGUCCUCACAGGAGAUCAGAAGCAGGAGCUGGUGGCUUUCCACCGCCUGGCUACUGUGUACUUCUCUCUGAAGAUGUAUGAGAUGGCUGAAGACUGCUACCUGAGGACUCUGUCCCUCUGCCCAGCGUGGCUGCAGAGUCCCAGGGAGGCGCUGUACUACGCCAAGGUGUAUUAUCGCCUGGGCUGCCUCACUUUCUACCAGCUGAAGGAUGCUCAUGAUGCUACUGAAUACUUCCUGCUGGCGCUAGCAGCUGCUGUCCUGCUGGGUGACGAGGAGCUGCAGGACACCAUUAAGAACAGACUAGACAACAUCUGCCAGAGUCCCUUGUGGCACAGCAAUCCCUUGGGGUGCUCCUCAGAGAGGGCGCGGUGGCUCAGUGGCGGGAGCCUGGCCCUCUGAAGGGAAGGGAUCCAUCUUCUUUCUGACCACUUUGCCGUGGCGAGAUGCUGCCUUCCUGACACACGUUCUUAGAUCUGGACUGGGAGGGUUUAAGCUUUCCCCUCAUUUAAUGGAGAAGGGCAGCAACGCCGGAAGGAGAGGGGCUCUGGGAGGAGCAUCUUGGCCCCAUGCUUCACUUCUGGAUCUCCACCCAGGUCACUGUGACUCUUCUACACAGACAGCUUCAAAGAUGCCUUCUCUCAACCCAGCUCUGCAGAGAGUGAGGAAGGCCGGCACUGUGCUGGGAAAAGGUUGAGCAGGCCCGUCCCGGUGCCCUCAUCAGUGUUCUCAGGGAAAGACUCUUCAGUUCCAGUGGAGGAACCAAAGGAGUCAGUACUCCAUGCUCAUAGGGACCAUAGGCACAGAAAUUCAGCAUAGUUGUAGCUCAAGGGACGUAACCCCAGGAGGACCAGGUGAAAGGCACAGAGGUCUAACUGGGACCCAUAUUCUCCAUUCUACCUGGAAGCAGGGGUCUUGUGCAUCCUUCCAGAGAAUCAAGUGAAAC